UCGACGUCGAAAUAGUCCAUUAUCUCGCGCAUUUCUCCGUUACACCUUCUAACUUGCCAUAAUGUCUGACUUGUGCCCGGUGUACGCUCCUUUCUUCGGUGUCAUGGGAUGCACCAGUGCCAUCGUGUUCACCUGUAUCGGUGCUAGUUAUGGCACGGCGAAGUCGGGUGUUGGCAUCUCAGCAAUGUCUGUCCUCCGUCCCGACUUGAUGAUGAAGUGUGUCAUCCCCGUCAUCAUGGCUGGUAUUAUUGCUAUCUACGGGCUCGUUGUCUCGGUGCUCAUCUCUGGCGAUCUCCAAACGGAAAUGACCCUCUUCCAAGGCUUUGUCCAGUUGGGUGCUGGUCUGUCGGUCGGUCUCGCCGGCCUUGCCGCUGGUUUCGCCAUUGGUAUCGUUGGUGACGCUGGUGUACGUGGCACUGCUCAGCAGCCACGGCUCUUCGUCGGCAUGAUCCUGAUUCUGAUUUUCGCGGAAGUACUUGGUCUUUAUGGCCUCAUUGUUGCCCUCAUCAUGAACUCGAGAGGGGCGGAAGCGGUUGGGAAGUGCCACCCAUGAAGUCCCGUUAUACAGAGCGGAUGAAAAUGGAAGUGACCUGUUUGAGAAGUUUGUGCCGGACUAGUUCAUGCAGUGUUUGUCCAUCAUUUCAUGUCGCCAAUAUCUGGCAUUGUUCCUCGCUGCACUAUAUCCAAGGAGGUUCCAUAAC